AAAAUAAUGUGUGGGUCUCGGCCACACACCACCUCAACGCUCCUCUCUUCUCUUCUCUUCUCUGCUUUGAACUUGAAAAAAAAAUAAGGCUGCUUUGCGUCUCGGCGGCGGGUGCAUUGGCUCCUCCACUUGGUGAUGAGUGUCACUCUUCCAACAGGUCUGGACAAGGCUUUUAUUGAUUCCUGGUUUCACCCUUCAGCAUGAAAUCAGGACCAAAGGAUGGCUGGCACUCUAUUAUGCCUCUUUGUUUGAGAGGCAAAGCAGCCUCACAUUUUUGCAUGUUUCCAAAUGUGAAGGCAGCAGACUACGUUAAGGGGAGCGCACCUGUCUAUCUGAAUGUAUAUGACUUGACACCGGCAAAUGGCUAUGUCUAUUGGGCAGGCCUUGGCAUCUUUCACUCCGGCGUAGAAGUUCAUGGGGUAGAAUAUGCCUUUGGAGCCCAUGAGUACUCAUCAAGCGGUGUUUUCGAGGUUGAACCUCGACAAUGCCCUGGCUUCAAGUUUAGAAGGUCAAUUUUCAUUGGCAUGACAUGCUUGGAUCCUUUCCAGGUUAGAGAGUUCAUGGAGCAUCAAUCUGCAAUCUACAAUGGUGACUCAUAUCACUUGAUUGUCAAGAACUGCAACCAUUUCUGUGAAGAUAUAUGUUAUAAGCUGACUGGAAAGCGAAUACCAAAAUGGGUCAAUCGACUCGCAAGAAUAGGUUCUCUGUGCAACUGUAUACUCCCAGACACCCUAAAGACGACCACCGUUCCACAUGACCCCAAUUUUGAAGGAUGCGAAAGUGAAAAAAAGAGACUAAGAAGUGCCUUCACUUGCUUGUCAUCAAUGUCAAUGCCACAGAGGGAAGUAUCAAUGUCGUCAUUGUUUCUACAUUCUCACUAUAAAGGCUGCCUACCACCAUGGGAGUUUAAAAGGUCUAGAAAUGGCUCAUUGAAGGAAGGUUGAUAAAAACUGAAAUUCGUCAUCAUUUUCUACAAUGCCGACCAACCAUUGGUUUGCCAAUACUGAGCUAGCUAGUGAAGGGAUGUCACCUUCAUCCCUUGUGAGUCCCCGGUUGGGGGGGGGGGGGGGUGGCCGAAUAUGUUGUUGUUUUGAGAUUGAAGUGUUUCUUCUAUGCUAACCGGUGUUUGUGAAGUUUUCAUGUUGUAUUUGUACGAUAGUAUUGUAAAAUCUCCGAUGUGCAGUCAUAUAAUCAUAUCUGUAGGAGAGGGUCCAUUUUUAUCAAAAUACGUUGAGCUUCAUGUUCUUGUGAAACAAAAUUAGUGUUCAA